AUGCUGGCCAACGACUAUCAGGAAUCGGAGGAAGUAUUAUCCAUGUCUAACACUGCAGACCGUGUUCGUGGUGGACGAAGUGACCAACAUCGUCAAAGAGGUAUUCCCCUUCUCCACGGACAGUCGAUCGAGAGCAUCAUCGGAAACAACGUCUACCAACAGAAACUAGUGAACCAGUGGACAGCUGACAUAAUCGACCAAUGUCUCAACAACCUCUCCCGAUUGAACAAACCUUUCAAAUACAUUGGUUGGUCGUGUAGGGGGAUUGCAGUCACAUGUAUCAUUUCACAGAAGAGUGGGGCAGGACUUCAUACAGCCAGUUCGUGUUAUUGGGACUCGGAGACUGACGGUUGUGUCUCUGUGGGUGACUAG